AUGGCGGACCUGGGAUGGUUCCGAAAUCUCGGGCAACGCCCCCACAGCCCGACCCGUCCAGCGGGCCCCGAACACGACGGGGAUCUCCCCGGAGAGCUCCGCCACCGCCAGUCAUAUUCGUCGAUGCGGCUUCUCGGCCCCCAUGGACCCGUGCACCGCGUGUCCAGCUUCCUCAGCCUGGACCUCGGACCCAGCAGCGGCCGGGAGGGCAGGCCGGGCGGCGCCACGCCGUCCCCCACGCCGACCGCCGACAGCCCGACGACGACCACCACCACCACCACGGACAGCACCGUCGACACCGACGGCGGUGGCGGUCGCGGCGGCGGCACCGACAGCGCCCCCCUCGAUGAGGAGGUGGCCGCCGCCGCCGUGGUCCGCGACCGCGACCGCACGUGGCAGAGCCCGUCGCUGGACAUGGUGGUGGAGGCGCUGCAGGUGGCCAUGAUGACGAAGCGGGACGCGCUGGUGCCGCUGCCGGUGCACUACAACGCGCACGUGCUGGCGCUGAUCGAGGGGUACGCGAAGCUGCGGCGGCGCGUCGCCGAGGCCCGGGAGGAGGCGGCCGAGCUGCGGCGCCUGAUGGGUGGGGAGCGGGAGGAGUUCCGGGCCGUCGCGGAGGAGUGGUCCGCGAGGGAGGAGGCGUACCGGGCUGAGGUGCGGAGGCUGGAGCUCGUCAUUGCUAGGACUAGUAGGGAUGGGAUGGAGACCGUGGUGCUGGCGAGGAGUGGCAGCCUGGUGGAUAGGGGGGCGAGAAAAGGGUUCCAGGAGCGGCUCAAGAGACUGAGUAGCUCCCAGGAUGAUGAAGAAGAAAAUUACCAGAUUGAACCGCAGAGUCAGAGGGUUGGGAUCCCCAGGACGAGAGACCAUAUCCCACGGACUCUAAAUCCUGACCAGGAUAUCAAAAUGAGCCAGAGGCUGCAGCAAGAGGACGAUUCUACCCGCGAGCAUCGCCGAAGGCUCGUGCAAUACAGGGAGACGAGACCCGAGGUCACGCGAGAGCAGACUCCGGAGUUGGGGCAGAGGAGCACAACGUACCUCCCACCAGGAAGCCAGUCAUCCAUCCAAGCCAAUACCCGGUCAGGACAGUCAGAGACCGCUUUUCAGUCAGGGCGUCACCUCCAGUAUCAAAUGGGCAUCGACUCCUCCCCGUCGAGCUCUAGCACGAGCACCGAGUCAGCCGCAUCACAACCACAGGAGAGAAAGGCUGGCCAGGACACGGAAGAGGUGACUGGGGGCCUGGGUCACUCCGGUGAGCAUGUGACGAGCGUCUACAGGACUAUGGAAGAUGCCGAUACGAAGGGCAGACCUAGCAGCCCGCCGAUCAAUACAGUUGGCUACACGGUGUGGAAUGGGUUCACCAAUGGUAACUGGAGCCCUGGCGAAGGAGGAGAGACCAGCAGACAAGGGGCGGGUCCAGAAGGCGAAGGCUACUCCUCUCGUGCGCAGCCGCAUAUGGAGAACCAACAAGUCCGGAGGUUCUCCUUCCACGCCGGCGAUGAUGAGAUCCUGUCCGUCACACCCCCGGUACUCCUAUCUGGGGACCAAAAUUCGACAGCCGAGAGGGCUAGAGCGGCAGCCCCGUCGACAGACGAUACAAGCACGCUGACAGCUAGGGCAGCGGGUCUGUUGUCGUUGGUGACUGGCUUUGUGUCCUCUUCCGAGAGGUUACGGCCGGCCGCUGCGACAGAGACCGCGACCCAACAACCAACAUCGGAAGUAGGCCCGAAUAUUAGUUCAGGCAGCUCAGGGUCCGCCACCACCACGAGUUCAGCUUGUUACGACAUGACGCCAUCUACGUCAACCGGGUCGGUCAUUCACGUGGGAAAUAGGCAGUCUACCCUACAUAAGGAUGACUUGGCGAGAAGCAGGCUCGGCGUUCGGAGGGAGGGAUCUGGACGAGGUGGUGCUAGUGGAGCUGGUGGAGAUGGCGGGGCUGGUGGCUGGAACAACGCCAGUAGUCGUGACACCGUUGCGUCGCCGCAACCGGACGUCCUCGCUAGUUCUUCCCUACGAGUGGUGGUCGUAGACAGCCCAAGCCGCCAGCCGGCAAGGGUGCCAUCGCGAGCAGCAUCUGAUGCUCCACAAAAGCUGCCGGGGGCAGCCCCGGUGACAACGGCCUCCCCGUCGCAGGUGGGUCAGGGUCUCACAGCUUCAGGAGGCAUGGGUGGGACGGAGUCCGCAGGGAAUGCUGCGCGCAUCGCGGCAGCUCGAGCCGUGGCCAGAGGGAACAAGAGAGAGCAGGACAAGCAAUCUCGGCUGGCACCCGGUGGAAGCUGCACUACUUGA